UAUCAUCCAUACUUGGAAACUUGAUCGUAUCACAAAGUAGUGGUACAAUGGACAUAUUCGUAAAUAAUAAGCGAUGCAGCAAUAUAUUUCUUCCUACCGUAUUUACAACGGAAUUAAACAAAAAAUUGAUUGAACCUACAAGCGAUACAAAUGCUAGUGAAGAAAUAAAAGGACCAAGAUAUUUUAGAGGUAAUGGAUUGAUCACUAUAUUACUUGAUGGUGAUAAAUUACAAUUCAAAUUUGAUAAUAGUGAUGAAACUUAUAUCGUGAGUCAAGAAGUUCAUGUUAAAGCUUUUAACGACCCUGCAGCUCAAAUCCAAAAAAAUGGUGGUUUAAAAAUCUUGACACGAUUGGAUUUGGAUGAUUUGAGAGCUUAUGAUGCCAAAUUAACAUUCAAAACACCAACGGGCGGAGACUCACGUACUUAUGAAACUCGUCAUCUAGCACCUCUCAAACAAUGGAACGGAUUUGGUGUUGAUUGGCUAAUGGAAAUCGCAAAAAAAACUGCUGAAUUAAAUCCUGCUGCUGUUGCUGAAUAUCCGGGAAGAGUAAAAUUACAAUUUCCAAUGGAUUUGUCACUUCAAGGAUUUAAACAUAUAAUAAAAGUCAAAGAAACAGGUGAAACUUUUGAAGUGUGUCAUACAGUUAAUAUUAAAGUUUUAAAAAAAUCCGGCGAUAAAAUAAACAAGGAAUCAAAAAAUCUAAAAUUUGAUGCAAUAAUUCAAAGCGGGGAUAUCUAUUUCAAGACCUUAUAUGGUUCUCAUCAAGGAUUGCGCCUACGAUAUGAAGUCUCAAUGAAAGUAAAUGAUAAUAAUGAAAUAUAUAUCAUUCCACUCACAAAAUAUGGAAUGAUUUAAGAAAAAUUUUUGUCACAAAAAAAUA